AUGCUUCUAUACUGCCAAGGAGGCAUGUGGAAGAUCGACAUGCUCAUCUCCCAAGUAUACCCUGGGUUCCAGACAAACCAUGGAUCCAAGGGCGACUCUAUCAAGAAUGAGCUGUUUGAUCUAAUGCUCAGUGCUAGUCAUGACCAGACUUUGGUGCCCACCAAACACAGGCAGGAAUCUGAGCCAUCUACGCUGCCUGAAAUUGAGCCGAAGCAGAAGAAGCCUAGAAAUCGGAACAGCGGGGCAUCCACAUCAACAAUGGUCGUUGUCUCGGGCUCGGAUCAACCACCCGCAAAUUAUCUACUACAGUCAAACCCUGUCCUCAUAAUUUCCUCGCCUUCUCUGAUCUGUGCAUCUGUACGCCAUUCGACACCAGCUAUUCUCCAGGUCAAGGCUCCUCACUUCUCUCCCAUCCCAGAUUUUAGUGGUACCGCAUCAAAUAAUACCCACGAUGGCAGGACACCUGCGACAGGCGAGGAUGAGGUGAUGACUGUGGUCCCGAUGCAGGUGCGGGAUAUUGACAACUUCUGGGGUGCAGAGCGGGAGAUGCGAGCCACAGUGAGUGAGAAAGGCAAGGCAGUGCCAAGUAGAACAGGUGAGAAAGGCAAGAGGUUGGCAUCAAGCAUGCUGGCUGAGAAGAGCGAGGCGGCAGCAUCAAGCCUGAGCACGAUAGGUGAGAUGCGUGAAGUGGUGUCAAGUGAGACAGUACCACAGAGCAUGGCCGACCAGAGCAGUGAAGUGGCGACGGUAGGCAAUACGGAUGAGACGGUGUUGACAGCGGUGAACAAGUCGACUAGCGAACAUAGCUCAAUGAGCAGCAUGACGGUCGGUGAUGAGACCUCGACAGGGAUCACAGUGUCGAUGGAUGCGAAUAUUGAGAUGACAAGUUCCGAGCACGAGGGGGUCGCCUCAACAUUGAAUUCUCUUCCAUCAAAUCUUCCUCCAAACACGAAGGCAAAGGGUUCAUCAAAGGGUGCGGCGAAGGCUGCAUCAAAGUACAAGCCUGAUGUCAUCAGUGAACAGAAUCUUUUUAUGGGUCGCAUGAUCAAAGAGAACCCCGACGGUCUCUUUACAGAGUACCAAUCGGCAUUCUCGACACUCUCCCCUGCUGACCGUGAUGCACUUAAAGCAGAAGUAGCGGCCAAGUGA